UUCUAGCCAAAAUAUCUUAUGAAGUAAAACACCCGCCAAACUCUUAUCUUUCUGUAUAAAGCCCACCGCCAUUUUCACUGAGUUGCCGGUAGCAUCCGCAGCUCCGCUCCCUUAGUUCCUCUCCGGAGAUUAAAAUCCUUCACCGGAACUCCAAUCCGACAGAAAAUUCACGUCGUAGAAUGAAUUCAGGCGAAUCAGACUCCGUCAACGAAUCCCCAAAUUCCACUCAGCCGCUCAAGGACGAAUUCCGAUCAGCUCUCCUCUCCUUCGCCUCCACUUACGCAAAAGGACCGCUCGCAGGCCACUCGAGCACGUCCGAUUUCAGCUCGUUCUCGGUCGAAGUAAUCUUCGACAAAUCGGAAGUCAAUUCACUCCUCAGCGAAGCAAUCCAAGAUCUCCGACGCAUCGCCGACCGCAUGAUCACCGCCGGAAAUUCCAGAGAGUGCAUCCGCGUCUACGCCGGCGCGCGGAAGUCCGCCUUGGACGAGAGCUUCAAAAUUUUAGGAAUCGAGAAUUCGAGCCCGAAGAUCAUCCAGCGCCUCGAGUGGCGCGUCCAGCAGCAGAAGAUCCGGCUAUGGAUCCGCAACGCCGAGAUCUGCGUCCGAGUUCUCUUCACCGAGGAAAGGCGAUUGGCGGAGCAGAUCUUCAAAGGUUUGGGAAAUUCCGAUUUUGAUGAUGCUUGUUUUGUCGAAACCGUCGCCGACCACGCCGAUUCGCUCUUCAAUUUUGCCGAGGCGAUUAGCAACCGCCGGAAAUCGCCGGAGAAAUUGUUCAGUGUUUUGGAUCUGUACAUAACGAUCUCGAAUCUGUUGCCUGAUGUGAAAACGGUUUUCCAGUGGAAAUUUGGGAUAUGUGUGUGUAAAAAAGCUGUGGAUCUGUUGCUUAGCUUGGCUAAUUGUGCUAGAGAUAUUCUAUUAGAGUUCGAGACGGCGGUGUUUGGAGAGCCGACGAAGUUUCUGAUCACCGGAGGCUCGAUUCACCCGCUAAAUACGGCGGUGAUGGAUUACAUUGAUUCAAUCGUCGAUUACAAGCAGAUAUUGACGCUGCUGAUCGUGCGCAAGCCUUUGCAGAUCGAUCUAGACUUCUCAACGGAAUCAACGAAUUCGCCGUUGGUGCUUCACUUGCUCUGCAUCAUCGAAGCUCUGUAUCUCAACCUCAAGGCCAAAUCCAAGCACUACAACGACGCAGCAUUGUCUAAUUUCUUCGUGAUGAACAAUGUCCACUACAUCGUUCAUCGGAUCAAAGGCUCGUUCGAGCUGAGGGAGAUGACCGGAGAGGAGUUCACGAACAGGCUAGCCGAUGAGACGAACCUUGAGACUGGAAAUAUUGGGAAGACCAUGCUGCGUGUACAACACUUCCGGCGGGUGGUAAGUCGGCUGCCAUUGCUGAUAUCCUGCGUGGAAGGUCCCCUGGCGGAGAUUGUCGGGUGGGUCCCAACACGAGGGCUGAUGGAGCUGCUCGGCGUGGCCGUAUUGAGGCUGCUGGUGUCGCCACGAAUAGUGUUCAGAACUCUGGCUUUGACGGUUGUUUCCACGAUCGUGCCAGCCCCCUUGAUCCCAAUUGUUAUCAAUGAUUCGAGGUUGGGGUUGGUCAUGAAAGCGCCCCUGAUACCUCCUAGGAUGAUCGUAUCAUACAAUCUCUCAGCCAGAGUCUACCUGAAUUCAUGGAAGGGCGUGUUUGAUUGCUUGGAAAUCGACUGUUUUGAGAGGCUCGGAGGCUUGUUUGCUGGCUCGUUUUUCUCGAGGCUGAGGUUUAAGGCCUUCCAAGCCAGGUUUAAGGAGGUUGUUGAGGAGCAGAGUGGUUGGAUCUUGUCCGAGGCUGAGCUUCGGAAGGAGCUUCGGAUUUUGGUUUUGCAGAUGAUCAUGCCUCUUUACACUGCGUUUCUUCAUAGGCAUGGGAGAAAUGUUGAGAGGCUGAAGCAGUUUGGGAACUUUUGGGAUGUUGAGAAAGUUGUGAUGUGUUUGUUUGAAGGAUAGUUAGAGGUUUUUGGUUCGAUUUUGCAAUUUAGAACUAGCUUGACGGAGUAAAAUUUAUCAUAGUGAUAUACUCCACUUUGUUACUUAUAGUUGAGAUAGUUGUAUGAAAUUGAAAAACAAUAAUGUCAAAUAUGUGUGACAAAAAGAUGUGUAAUUUUUAUUAUUGUAGUUAUUGAGGCAAGAACAAGAGCUUACUAUUUUAACAA